GGGGGUUGGGACGCAUAAAAGCGUAGCGACGCCUAAAAAUAUCAGUCUUAAGUGUUUAACCUGACACUAGCAAGUCUCAUACAGCAACCAACAUGUCUUUGCAACGUCAAGUAGCCGCUAAGCUCGCGUCCAAGCGUAGCCCCGAACAGGACAAAGAAGCCCAAGAAUGGAUGGAGACCAUCCUUGGAGCCAAAUUCCCCCCAGGUCAAAGAUACGAGGAUGUCCUUAAGGACGGAACUGUUUUGUGCCAAGUCAUGAACAAACUCGCCCCUGGAUCCAUCCCCAAAAUCAACACCACCGGUGGACAGUUCAAGAUGAUGGAAAACAUCAACAACUUCCAAGCAGCCAUGAAGGCUUACGGAGUGGCUGACAUCGAUGUGUUCCAGACUGUGGACCUGUGGGAAGCCAAAGACAUCGCUGGAGUGACCAACACCCUGUUCGCUUUGGGUAGACAGACCUACAAGCACCCGGAAUGGAAGGGACCCUACUUGGGACCCAAACCUUCCGACGAAAACAAACGCGACUUCACCGAAGAACAAUUGAAAGCCGGUCAGACCAUGAUCGGUCUUCAAGCUGGAUCCAACAAGGGUGCCACCCAAGCCGGCCAGAACAUGGGUGCCGGCAGAAAAAUCAUCAUUGGAAAGUAAGAAAUUAGGAGACUUUGUAUUUUUUUAUUUGUAAUUUAUUUUAUUAUACAGAGAUAAUAAACGCUAUAUUUAUUUUCUACCCAAUUGUUUUCUUU